CCUUAGCAACGCUUGGCUCCCUGGGAGUGGUGGCGGUUGAUUCAACAUGGCGGCAGCAGCGGAAAGAAGUGAAAAUUCGGGGAUAUUUUGGAUGAAUGGCGUGUCAGAUGAUGAACGGCCUUUGGUGUUUAUUCCUGGGGUGGACGGAGAAGUGAAGUCUCAGGCCCCUUUUAACCUGAAACCACUCAGUACCAGUACAUCCAAGAAAAGAGGCCACAAGAUGGGAGUGAAGAGCACUUCUGACUGCAAAAAACAGGCCAAGCAAAGGAGAGAAGUCAAAAACCAAAGUGAUCACUCAGGGGUUUAUACUAAGGAGGAUGUGUCUGUUCACCACAAUGUUGCUGUGAUGACACCUCAGACUUUUCUUCCGGUUUCACAGGUAAUUUCUGAAGUCAGCAAAGCAAAGAGUGAGGUCUGUCUGAAAGACCUUUGUCCUGAAGAUAAGCGACGAAUUGCAAAUCUCAUUGAAGAACUGGCUAGAGUGAGCGAGGAGAAAGAAGAGUCGGUGCGGCGUCUGAAAGAUGAACAGGGAAAUUUUGAAUGCAAGAUUCAGCAGCUAGAACAACAGAACCAAAUCAUAGCACAGGAAAGGGAAAGUCUGCAGCAGCAGUACAAAGAGUGCCAGGAGCUGCUUGGGCUCUACCAACAAUACAUUUCUCAGCAACAGGCAAAGCUCAAUCAGUCCAUUGCCCAGCUUAGCCAGCCAUCAAGUCACAGCAAGGUGCACAGUAGUGAGGAACUCCCCAAUAGGACAUCUACAAGCAGAGCUAAUAGCUCACUCUUUGAUGGCUCAUACCUCAGUCACGCUGCUACUGGAGGACCACAAGCUCGAGCAUACAGGAAUGGUUAUGGAAGAAGAGGAGCAGUACGGACAUUUAGGAGCACUGCUUGUCUUUCUUGUGAUGGACCGAUAAGUCCAACUCAUGGGCCAGUAAUACAGCAUAAUUGUCAAAAAAUAGAGUGCAGGGGCCCACACUCAUCCCACAGAUGUGAGUGUUGUGAAUGCAGGGAUCAAGGCACUGUCUGUGGAACACAGCAGCAAAGAAUUCACAGUUCCUCUCGUCUGAGCCACCAUGAUACCUUUAACCAAGAUGAGUGUAAAAGGCUCCAUAGUGGGAAUAUCAUGGACUCUGGGGCCAAGGAAGCUCUGACCAGGCCUCUGCUGGGUCAGGAAGACUGGGAGGAGAAGAGGCACCAGCUGCUGCUGCAGAAGAUGCAGUUAGAGAUGGAGAGAGAGAGGCUGCAUGCACGCCUGGCAGAGCAGGAGGAAAGGCUCCAGAGACAGAAUCAGCAACUACAGCAGUCACAUCUUGAUUACAAAAGAUUUCAACCAGCUACUCAAGCUGAGGUCAGCUCCUCUAAUACUAGGAGUGAUGUUACAGAAGUGCAGAAUCCUUCGCACCAAGAUAUACCUUCCAGUGUGUGUGAUGAUGCAGGAGUACAUCCUGGAGGACAGAGCUUGCAUGAAAAGCAUCCAGAAACUGUACCUAAUCCUCUGAACAAUGGCAGUGAAUAUUUAAAACGGCCCACAAAGGACAUGGCCACAUCUCCUGCUGAAUCACCUGCAAGCCUGAGGAAGCACACAUCAGUAUCUGCAAUCCAAAAGACUCCAGACACCAGGUUGGACUUUUCUCUGGUUGAGUUAUUGGAUAUCUUUAGUCCUGUUUCUGCACCUGAGCAAUGCAAGACAACCACUCAAAGAGCCAGAGCAUUGCAACACAGACCGGCUCAUACUGCCCCCAAAUCAGUGAGCCGAACCAUGCUUACCCCUGGUGGACCUCGUCCUCAGAGCACUCAGCAAGACCUGGAAGAAAGCAAAAUACUAGAAGAUAUUUUCUUCAUUUGCUGACGAAAAAAAUGAGGAGCAUGAAAAAGAUUCAGUCACUGGAUAUUUACCAGCUGUCCAUUUUUUUUUUUUUUAAAUAAAUGUUUUUCAUUUAACUUUUUAUUGGCUUUCUAAAAUCAGAAUCAAUGUCACACGGUGUGCAUAGAUUGUGAUAUUGGUAGAAUUUUUUUUAAAAUACUAAUAAAUGUUUAUUUUUCAAGCCUCGUUUGUAAAAAAUUGCCAAUAUGACAUAAUUUUCCACUGUGCAUCUGGCUAAAGGAUGCAAAUUUUAUAAAUCUCUGAUUUACUGGAAAUAUUAUACAUAGUCGGUUCCAUACACAUGUGACAACUAUCCUGUAGCAGACAGCUGGUGCCAUUGUGUAAACCCCAAAGUAACCAGGGGAAUCUUAUAUCAAGAAGUUACCAAUCAGCAGUAAUUAUGACACAACACAGAGUAUUUUAUUCUAGACUGUGCUUUAUUAUUGGGCUAAGCUGAGACGCAUCAUUCAUUUAGAAUUACAAAAGAAGAGUCCAGGGGACCAGAGAAUGGUGCAGUCUGGAGAGACGGGGGCGGGAGCCUAAAGCGUGCUGCCCAUCAGAAGCUUGGCUCAUCAGGAACCUGGCAAAGCUUAAUAUGCAACAUUCAUCACCCCCCUCCAUAUGUGCUGAAAUUGGGAAAUAGAUUUCCAGAACACUUUGAAAACCACAUGAAGUAAAAUGUGAUUCUAGCAACACUACUGAGCUUUAGAAAUAAAAAUCACUGAUAACAGCACCGAAAAAAAAAAUGAUAGGAACUCAAAUUUCUUUUGGAUGAAAUAGUGCAGUUUUCAUUGAAUUUAGUUCUCGGUAGAACACGUGAGUUGAACAAGAUCAGAGCUCUGUUGAACAAAAUGAAGCACAAUGGGGAGAAUAGGAAGGGAAUACAGUUUUCAAAAGUUGUUUACAAUAAACCAGACAUUAGUUCAUUAAAUAUUAGCAGCAACUUAUACUGACCUCAAGGCGUCUCUUCUGAUUGAACAGUUGAUUUAAGAUGUGUUUAACUAGGGAUUACUAUUUCCCCCACUUUGCUUAACGGUGGCAUCUUAUUUUGAAACGAUCUUUUAACAAAGCUUUUCCUUUUUUUUUUUUUUUUAAAUGAACAGAACAGUAUGCAUUUAUAAUUACAAAUAUACAUAAGGCUUUAGUGUUGUACUGCAUUGUUGUGAGUAGUUUGCAAGCCACAGGAAAAAUAUAGAAGCAGUCUUAGUAGUGGUUAAACUUCCAAUACUUGAGCGGUAAGAUGUGUCGCGAUUCAAGGUUAACGCUUGCAAGAAAACAGAUCAGUGUCAGUAAUGAGAGCUCAGAUCUUGGCUCAAACAGCACAAAUAAAUAAACAAAUAAAUAAACAGACAAUGAAAUAAAUAAUUCAAAUCUGUCUUUGACAUCACUUGGUCAAAAGGAGCGUUUUUCUCCGUCAUCAAAGAAGUUCUGAAGGCAUGGUCCUGCAGACAGGAACAAUGAUCAUCUGUGGACCACAACAGUGGCCCAUGCAUGUCAUAUAAAAACUAUUUGGUCACGUACCAACUCAUAAAAAAAUAAUGCCAUGAAAGCAUGCUUAUCAUUUCAGACAUGACUUAUAAAUAAAUAUCUAAACAAACAGAUAAAUGAAUAGAACCCAUUAAAGUAUUUCUUUUUUGUUUGUUUUUUUAUAAAAUAGGUCAAUGUGUGUCUAAGCUCUAACUGAGGUCAAUGCUCUCCCUGACUGUAUUCUGGAUAAAUGCCUUGGUCAGGUCCUACAGUUUGUACCGUAUCCUAGCGAAUAUUUUUUUUUGUACCUGGUUUUAAUGAGCAUUAUCAUGUUUUCAUUCAUAUAUUUUUUUUAAGUAUUUAAAUUACUUUAUCCAGUCCUUGUAGAUAGAAGUAAAAGUCCUAUAAAAUAUGCAAACCUAUGUACAGAGGAAAACAGAGCAAAAAAAGAAACAAUUUACAGUAUAUUCAUCAGUUUAUGUAUAUAUUUAUAUAUAUAUAUUUAUAUUCAAACUUCCUCUGUUUCUUGUUUUUGAACCACUAAACUUUGUUUUUCACUUUUCUCAUGUAAACUUGCAGCUUAAAGUUGGAGCAAAUGAAGAUGAGGUGGUUGGCAUUUGAGUUCUCGCACAUCUUUCUGCGUCUGCUUACUUCGUUCGCCGUGGGAAAAAAAUGACUGAUUGCUCAAACAAAUCAUACGAGAAGCACAGACUGUGAUGGCAGUUUUUUUCUUUCUAAUUUUCUCAGAGCAGCGGGGCAGUCAAAAAAGGGCACACAGUGCUGCGAUCAGGGACACCAGACAUAUGAUAUUUUGCCUCGGAUGUUAUUGUUAGACAGAGACAGGUCAGGUUGAUGAGCUAGAGGUUUCGUACUAAUCCACCAAAGUUAGUGGAAGAAAAGAACAAAAAAAGAGAUCUCGAUGGUCAUCUGGUUUAACUGUAUGCCACGCUCAGGAGAUUGUUAAGUGGCACACGCACAAACAGAGGCAUUCUGGGAUGUGCACUGGUGUCUUUUAGACUCACUGGAUUUGGAAGGUAAAUGUUAAAUUAUUCAAACUGCUAAAAAGGUUAAACAGAGACACUGGGGAAAUGGCAUAAUGAGCAGUUUAUAGGAAAACUAGUAACAGCACCCAACAGGAAGCAUUGUCUUCCAAAGUGUCAUAUAGCCUUAUAAAUAUUCAUAUAUAUAAAUAUUCAUUGAGUAAUCUCCACCAGCUCAAUAAGUGUUGAAUGCAGGGUCUAAUAAAUCCAAGUCUGUUGACCUUUUUCAGGUUUAUAGUAGGUGUUUAUACCAUUUUUGUAGACUAUUAUGAGAAACUGUACGCUAAAGCAAUAUGAAACCAGCCUCGGUGAUACAGCAGGCGUAAUGGGUAAAUGGUUUUUCACACUUAUUGCUUCAUUUUACAGUUUCA